AUGGUUAACCCUUUGAAAAGGAUCGCGCAAUCAUCAGGUGGGAGCUCGCGAGGGCGAAGGGCGCGGGGCGCGGGGCGCGGGGCGCGGGGCGCGGGGCCCGCCCGACUCCACGUAAAUGUAAAUUUAUCGGGCCACGCUGAAGCAAACAGCCCCCGGACUGCCGUCGCAGAGCGGCGUCGCAGCGAAGUGGCUUGUUAUGAAUUUAUGAUUGUCAACAGUCGAGCAGCGCAAAUAGCAAUAUUAGGUAGCAGUCUUCAAACAGAGCAGCAGCAAACAGAGCAAUUGUUUGUCGAGCACCCCCGCACACCCCCUACACCCCCGCGUCCGCCGUGCGCCUCUGGGGACGGCGGGCACAAAUCAAAUUCU